AUGAAAUAUCCAUCCACCUUGAGCUUAUUGCCGGCGUAGAAUAGUUUAUAGUACUAAUAUAUAAAACCCACUCACUGCUCCCAGCGUCACCGUCUAAUAUGUUCAAAACCCCAAUUCAAUUUCAACAACUUUCGUCGCAGCUUUUCCAACAAUGUCGCGCUCUAUUCAUUUCAUCUCCAAAACCAUUCCUGGAUAUGGGCCAUCUGAUGGCGGUCGUCCUCCCUGCUCUGGAAUUUCUGGAAAAGCACUCUGCUUAUCACCUAGAUCUUGUCGUGAACACAAGGUCGUUUCUGAUGUCAAGUUAUCUUUGAGAUGUGUUUCUAGGUACACAUCUUCUGUGUGUAAUGCAAGUUCUAGCAACUAUAGGAGAAACCCGGAUUUCCCUAAUAACCAAAAAAGGCAUGGAUACUCCCGCAAUAGGAAUAGGCAGAAUGAAACAAGAGAAGAAUAUGAAGACCCCGAAGAAUCUGAAACUCUCUCUUCCAAAAAUGGACCACUUCUUUCUGUCUCCAACCAUAAAUAUCAGGCAACUGCAACUACUGGUCCUAGAGAAAAGGAAAUUGUUGAACUAUUCCGUAAGGUGCAGGCUCAACUACGUGAGAGAGCAGCAAUGAAAGAAGGAAAGAAAAUUGACGAGUCUCAAGCAAAAAGCAAAGAGAGUGAGACUGUAGAUUCUCUACUCAAGCUUUUGAGGAAACACUCAGUUCAGCAAGGGAAGAAAGGCAACACCACUGCCAACGGCAGGGACUUCAUCCUGGAUCAGGACGAACAGACUGCCCCAUUGACAGAGGAAAGAAGCACAAGCAUCGCAGACUCACACUCCACUAGUAGCGUGAAGCAUGAAACGCAAGAAAGCCCAAUCCCACGUCUUAGCCGACCAAAGUCAAACUUUCGUAAGAGAUCUCCAGUUCCUGAAAUCAAAUUCCAACCUGUUUAUACUGAGGACUCUGUUGAUUCUGUAUCGGAGGACAAUGUGGACAGUGAAAGAAAGUGGACUAGUACGGAACCAGAAGCCCAUGAUGACAUCCAGGAUGUUGAAUACGAUUCAGAAUCUGAUGUGGAGCCUCUCAUUUCAGAAGUAGAUGCUUUUGAUGAAAUCUCCGAGGAUAAAAUGUCGGGGAUUGUUGAAACCGAGCACGAAGAUAUAGCAAAGGACGAAGCCAGCAAUUUGCACGAAAUGAAGCUGACUGAACUGAGAGCCCUUGCGAAGUCGCGGGGCAUGAAGAGAUUCUCAAAGUUGAAAAAGAAUGAGCUAGUUGAGCUGCUGAGUGGUGGAUCAGUGUGAUUAUUUAUCACGUAAGGAUACAAUGGAGAUUUUGUUUUGCUCUCUCUUUUCUUGUUAGGUGUAUGCUUUCUUUUAGCAACAUCUGUGUGUUCACUUGCUACUCCAUUUAAGUUGGACCUGCCUUUCUCGCUAUUUGAUUCAUAAUAGGUCCAGACUUUGCUAAUAUUCAAAGAAUUUAUGUAAUCAUCAAAUCCGGAGUUAAGGUCUUUUUUGCGAA